GCCAGAAAAAGUGCGCGAAAGGUGAUUUUCGGUAGCGUCCCCAAGCGGCAAACUAGCCAUUUUACGCGGUAGUGCAAACAAAACCGCAUAGUGUUCCCUCCAAGAAUCCACCAUCGCAGAAUAUUUACAUCGUCACAACGAGUAGUGCGUGCGAGACACAGCCAGCUGACGAUAGCGUAGGUAGUGUGCAUUGUUUACCUACUGCCUGAACGGUGCGCGCCGUGCUGGAACGUAAAUAUUUCUGAAGAGAGAUUUUCGAAAAAGUGUUAAAGUUUCGCGGUGAAAUUUUUAUUUGGCAAAUUGACUGCUCGGGUGCAUUUUGGAUUCUUGGAGGUUGAAAAGUGCGUGAGUGAACGGGAAUACGGCGCUACCGAAGAAGAAAAUGGCCGACGAGAGGAAAUUCAGUGAGUUGGAGCUGACGAAGCAGAAUAUUGUCGAUUCAAUGGCUUUGUUGGAAUAUUAUGCGAAGGAGUUCGACAAGGACAGUAAGUUUGCGGGCCAAGUAGAAGCGUGGGCGGAAAAGUUGGAGAAAUUUUACGACGAGUUUCACCGGACGGUGGUGAAAUUGGAGAUGUUUUCCACCGAUAAGGAGCCAAUCGACCUGAAAAAGGAACGGCAGUUGUUCGACGGUCGCUAUUAUGCUCUUCGGUCCUUCUACUUGGCCAAACUGGCGAAGAAAAUACGUUCUCCCCCUUCUGCCAACCCCGCACCAUCGAGACCAAUGAACAUCAGGCUUCCGGAGCUUAACCUACCCAAGUUUAGCGGUAAGUUGGAAGACUGGUGUGUUUUUCGCGAUUCGUUUGAAUCCGCUGUAGGUUCCCGGAGCGACAUCAGUGCGGUCGAGAAGAUGCACUAUCUGAAGGGCCUCGUUCAAGGGGAGGCAGCGCGCAUUCUCGACCCUAUCAAAAUAAGCGAGCAGGGCUACAAGGACGCUUGGCGAACGUUGCGGCUGCGUUUUGAGGACAACCGGCAGUUAAUCAAGUGUCACAUUCGGACGCUUUUCGACACUCCAGCGAUGCGCAAGGAAUCAGCUGAAGAUCUGCUUGCGCUGAUCGAUCGCUUCGAGCAGCAGAUAUCCGUUCUGAAGAGCUUGGGUGAACCAGCCGACCGAUGGAGCUCUAUCCUGGUUUACCAGCUAUCUAUACGCCUCGAUCCUUGUACGCUCCGGGAAUGGGAGAACCACUGUAGCAAACUCGAUGCUGACAACAUCGCUUCGGUUCUGGGAGGAACCGCCGGCACAUCAGAGGACACAAGCACUGGUGCGUCAACUUCAAUGCCAUCAUACGUGACGAUGGUAAACUUCCUCCAGAACUACGCUCGAGUUUUGCAAGCAGUUUCUUCAGCCACUUCGAACACCGCUCCUCCUCGCAGCAAGCCAAAUCCGACAUCCAAGCUAGCAGCUUUUCCAGUCGCAGCUACACAGCAAACUGCAGUAUCCAGUGCACCCUCUUCCAGCGCCAGCAAGCCGAAGCCGUGCGACAAGUGCGGUGAGAGUCAUUACCUGUACAGCUGUCCGGAAUUUCGGAAACUCAACCUUCGCCAACGGAUCGACCUGGUAAGACAGAAAAACCUUUGCAUUAACUGUUUGAGAUCGAGUUCCCAUUAUGCCCGGAACUGUUCUGGGUCAAGAUGCCGUACAUGUACCAAGAAGCACCACACGCUUCUUCAUACUGAGCCCUCUGACGACAAUCCCGCUUCUGGUCAAGCCACCGGAUCAACUUGCUGUGUUGCCCUCCAGCCGACUCUCACCGCAGCAUCUGCGCUGCAUGCUCCAAACUCACUGUCACCCCAGUCUGUUUCGCAAGCUCCCAUCCAGCAACCGUCUACCUCUACCUCAAUCGCAAACUUAUCCCACAUGCAUGCGCCUUCCAUGAGUUCUCAGACUGCCCUCGUAUCACAUACUGGUGAAGUGAUUCCUGGAACCGUUUUCCUUCCGACGGCGCUAGUGAAUAUCCGUAACGGUAGAGGUCGCAUCGUCACUGCUCGUUGCUUGCUGGACUGUGCUUCCCAACGCAACUUUGUUUCUGGGGCUCUUUGCGAACGACUGCAGCUUCCUCGCAUCCGAUUGCCGCAUGCUAUCCCGAUAAGCGGAAUCGGAAACACUACAACGCUGGUUGAAUACCAGGCCACGAUAACCAUCUUCUCUCGAGUCACUCCCUUCUCCGUACAAUGCUCCAUGCUCGUUCUGCCUUCCAUUACCGUCAAGCUGCCCCAGUCGACGGUAGAAGCCCGCCACUGGCCGAUUCCAAAGCACGUGGAGCUUGCAGAUCCAACAUUCGCUGUUACUGGCGACAUCGACAUGAUUCUGGGUGCCGCCCAUUUCUUCCAAAUUCUUCGAUACGGCAGGAUAUCGCUCGGGGAAGAGUUACCGCUUCUGCAGAACACAGAGUUCGGUUGGGUCGUCUCCGGAGAGUGUUUAUUGGAAAACCACGAUCACAGCGAUCCACGCAAGUGCCAGUUCAGUAAUCCCUGCACAAUCGAUGAAUUGGUCAACCGAUUCUGGCAGCUCGAAGAAGUCCACGAUGCAAAGGGAUGGUCUCCGUCGGAACGAUACUGUGAGGAACAUUUCUUGAAGAACACCACCCGCAACUCCGAAGGCCGCUACGUCGUCAAGCUUCCCAAGCGUGACGAGCUGCUUUGGCAGUUAAAGGACAACAAAUACAACGCCACCCGCCGCUUCUUCUCUCUAGAACGCUCACUCGGUGCGAGUCCCGAUAAGAAGGCGAUGUAUCAGCAGUUCAUCCACGAGUACGUGAGAUUGGGACAUAUGCGGGAGAUUGGCCCCGAUGAAAUCGACGCGCAACCGCAAUACUACCUUCCACACCACGCUGUGAUGAAACUCGACAGCACCACUACAAAGCUUCGUACCGUAUUCGACGCAUCAUGCCGCUCGAAGUCCGGUAUCUCGCUGAACGACGUCCUGCUUCCUGGUCCCACAAUCCAGGACACUCUCGUGACGAUUGUCCUCCGUUUUCGAAUCCACCAGUUCGUGAUAUCUGCGGACAUUGAAAAAAUGUACCGGCAGAUUUUGGUCCAUCCCACCGACCAACCGCUGCAGCGAAUUCUCUGGCGCGACGAACCCGAGGCUCCACUGAAGAGCUACCAGCUCCGCACCGUCACAUACGGCACAAGCAGUGCUCCAUUUUUGGCAACUAGGGUGCUGCAGAAGCUCGCCGAUGAUGAAGGGCAACAUUUUCCGCUGGCGGAACCCGCUGUCCGCCACGACUUCUACGUCGACAAUUUGCUGUCCGGUUCUGACGAGGCUGAAUCUCUCGCCGUUACCUGCAACCAGCUCAUUGCAAUGCUCGCUUGCGCAGGACUUCCUCUCCGACAAUGGUCUUCGAAUUGUCAAGCUAUUCUUGAUACCAUUCCGUUGGAGCUCCGAGAGACGAAAACACUACUCGAUUUGGACCACGAGUCCUCCGUAACUGCGCUUGGCCUCCGCUGGGAACCGUCGACCGAUUUUCUUUCGUUCAAGACACCGAAUUGGAAGGAAUGCACGGUUCUGAACAAACGAACGAUCCUCUCUCAGAUCAGCAGUCUUUUCGACCCCUUAGGUUUGAUUGGACCGACCAUUGCAAAGGCGAAAAUCAUGCUGCAGAGUCUUUGGAAGCUCCAUCUCGACUGGGACACACCCGUGGCUAACGGAUUCGCUCACGAAUGGCAGGAAUUUCACCAUAAGUUUUCAGCACUUGCCCACCUUCGAGUUUCUCGCCAUGUGUUACGUCCGGGUUACGACCGCUUGGAGAUUCACGGGUUCAGCGACGCUUCAGAGUCUGCAUAUGGUGCAUGCAUCUAUCUCCGGUCAAUACCUGCCGAGGGCCCUUGUACAGUUCGCUUGGUGAUUUCUAAGUCCAAGGUCGCUCCGAUGGGGACUCAAACCAUUCCACGCCUCGAGCUAUGCGCAGCUCAACUCCUGUCCAGACUUCUGAAACAAGUUCAGGACAGCAUCGACAUCACCGCAACCACAUAUCUGUGGACCGAUUCUUCCAUCGUCUUGAACUGGAUAUCCGCAACUCCAUCGACAUGGAAAACGUUCGUAGCCAACCGAGUGGCUGAAAUCCAAGAGCUGACGUCUCACGCCGUUUGGAAUCACGUCCCAUCCGAAGACAAUCCCGCUGAUCUCGUUUCUCGAGGAAUGGACCUCGAUGAACUCCUUGCCAGUGCACUGUGGUGGAACGGACCGCAGUGGCUGAAACUAAUAUUCGGUCCUUGGCCAGCGAAGUACGUCGUAGCGACCUCAAACUCAGACCAACCGGAGGUCCGACAGACUAUUGCCCUUCCGGUCGUGAGCGUAGAACCGUCAGAUAUCGUCGAUCGCUAUUCCAGUCUUCGUCAGCUACUUCGGAUCGGCACACUUCUUCGACGUUUCGCCGCUAAUUGUCUCCACCGUAAGAAUCACCAGCCUAUUCUUGUCGGCCCGUUGACGGCUCUUGACAUUGAUCGCACUCUGCUCAAUCUGGUCCGUCGCAUACAACAGCAGUACUUUGCCAACGAGAUACGCCAACUUGAAACCGUCGGAAAAGUAAACCGUAAAUCCAAGCUACGGUAUCUGCACCCGACACUCGUAGACGGCAUUAUUCGUGUCGGCGGCCGGCUUCACAAUGCAGCGAUACCUGUCGACGGAAGACACCCGAUCGUCCUCCCCAAACAUCGUCUCACCGACAUGAUCGCCACGAGAGAACACCAUAAGACGCUCCAUGCCGGUCCCAGCUUACUACUAUCCUCGUUGCGCCAAAGAUUUUGGCCCCUCGGCGGACGGAACUUGGUUCGCAACAUUGUUCACGGCUGCAUGGUAUGCGCACGUGCCAAACCCAAGCCGUUGCAGCAGCUGAUGGGGGAUCUGCCAUCUGUUCGGGUCAACCAGGCGUACCCGUUUCAGAAUGUUGGCGUUGACUUGGCUGGGCCAAUGUACGUGAGAACGUCACUCCGAAAUAAGAGAUCGCCAUUCUUCAAAGCCUACAUCACCGUAUACGUAUGUAUGGCUACCAAAGCCGUGCACUUGGACCUUGUGUCGGAUCUGACCACUAGCACAUUCAUUGCGAGCCUGCGAAGAUUUGUUGGCCGUAGAGGAAAGCCUGCGCAUAUCUACUGCGAUAACGCCACUAACUUUGUUGGAGCACAGCGAGAACUGGAAGAACUGCGGAAGCUUUUCCGAACUCAAGUUCACCAAGAUGCCGUAGCAAACGAAUGCGCAGACAACGGAAUACAGUUCCACUUCAUCCCACCUCGCUCUCCCACAUUCGGUGGAAUCUGGGAAGCCUGCGUGAAAUCCGUGAAGACCCUGCUUCGCAAAAUCCUCGGAAAUGCCCACCUAACCGAAUCCGAGCUGCAAACCGCAUUGAUUCAGGUCGAGUCAAUGCUAAACUCUCGCCCAAUCACGCCGUUGCCGGACAAUCCAUCCGAUGAGCUUGCUCUGACUCCAGGACAUUUCCUGAUUGGUCGUCCGUUGAAUGCGGUACCUGAUCCAGAUUGCCGUGAAGUUCCUGAAUCCAGGUUGUCUCGAUGGGAACGAGUACAACAGCUAACUCAGCACUUCUGGAGUCGUUGGCACAAGGAGUAUCUCGCCACCCUGCAAAGUCGCUACCGCUGGACAGAAGCCAUGGACAAUCUAGCCGUUGGUUCCAUCGUCGCUCUCAAAGAUGAGAGAGCACCGCCGUUGAAAUGGCCCCUGGGACGCGUGCUCAGCGUUCAUCCCGGCCCUGACGGGCUUGUUCGUGUCGCCACCGUGAAGUCGACCUUCGGCAUCGUUCAACGCGCCAUCCCGAAGCUCUGCUUACUUCCAGUUGAAGUAGCGCCACCCAUCGUAGCACAGAGUCCCGCACCAACUAGCAGCCCUACGUCAGCAACGCCAAAUGAAGGCCCUUGCUCAGGGAACCGAGCCGCCGGACGAGAUCCCGGCCCUUGCUCAGGGAACAGAGCCGCCGGACGAGAUCCCGGCCCUUGCUCAGGGUACAGAGCCGCCGGACGAGCUCCCGGCCCCUACUCGGGGAAAUGAGUCGCCAGACGAGAUCCUGGCCCAAGCUCGGGGGUAUCGAGCGGUUCGUGGUUCACCUGUAAAGAACCAAGCCUCGCCGUGUGGGUUCCUAGAACCCCCGGCUGGGACUUGACUCGAGUUAAGUACCCCAUCCUAAUUUGUUAAACCAACAGUUCGCGUACAGAUGUUCCUCCUUUACAGCACACCACUCCUGGACAGUAUCCUGCAGUCGGACCCGACGCACCUCGAAAAAUCAUCCUGGAAGCUGUAAGGAGGCCUGUACCGAGAAGACGAAUCCAGGUCUUCAUAUCCCGUUGAACGUCAGUCAUCGCAAGAAGCUCGAACUUCCGCCGCUAAUGCCCGUUGAAUUCCUUAAAAUUUCAUUGGCGGCCGGAAUGUUCAAUACUCACCUCUAAUUCUCCAAUACGAACCUGAAAUGAAAAUGAAAUUUUAUGUUUUGUAUAUACUUGUAAAUACUUACCUAGAUUUAAGAAUAAGUGAACUAAACUAACCCUAGAAACAAAUGCAAUGUUAAGAUACUUACCAUAAGAUUCACACUUCAAACCCAUUGUGCGAGCAUAAAGCAGAAAUGGAUUCUGCAUCGCGAAAACCGCUGUCAAUCAGCUGUACCAUAAAACAGACGACGAAUGUAAACAAACAACAUAGAAUAAAAACAGAUAGUAAAACGCAAUCGUUGGUGUCGGUCGCAGAAAAACAGUUUUUCGAGUUUUCAUUUUCGCGAUAUCCAAAGUUCCCUACAAACCCGUUCAUUUCGCGCGCGACAGCUGAAAGUGCAGUGGAUGCAGAAAAAGUCCUGAUUCAGCAGAAGACAUCGACAUCAUGAGGGUGAGAAUAGGGUAGAGUAUAAACUGACAAGAAGAAGAGAAUGGAGAAUGGCGCUUGUUCUAUCCAUAACACUAGUACUGACUGCUCAAUACUUGGCGAUAUUAUGGACAACGGCACAGGUGCAUGAACCACGAGCUGUACUAAGUGUAUAAGUAUCAUGACAUCGAACGGCUGAUAAAGCACUGUAGAUUAUAGAAGGCUGGACAUUUAGCGCGAAUGCCGAAAGUGAGACCAAUUGCUCAGUUGAGUACUUAGAAGAGGUCGUCGACUUUGGGUAAACCCUACACAGGCUGGCUGUGUACAAUCGAUGAAGAUGGCGUGUGCUCGAGGAAACGGACGAAUAGCAACCUAAGAUCACAUAGCCUGGACAUCUAAAAUUUAUGAUUCGAACUACUCGGAUUAUUCGCUCAUGAUGAUGAUUUGCUCUAUUUCUCGUUACAUCCGACAUCCUGAAAGGAAGCAUCUUUUCUUAAACGACAAUGUGAAGUUUUUUCGAUGGAUACAGGACUUAUCUGAAAUUUUUUUCAACCACCUAAUGGCAGAGUUUCACGUGCUAAUCAACAGAACUGCUAAGACUUCGCACAACAAAUUUACCGCUGUAACGUAGUUUUUUGAGGAGGUUGUUAAGUCGAACUACUAUUACAAUUUGAAAUCUAAUCUAAACCAGUAAAAUAGGAUGUU